UUUAACAACCUAGGAUAAAGUCGAAGAGAAAUACGAUGGAGGAUCAUCCGACAGGAUUCAGGUUCCAUCCAACGGAGGAAGAGCUCAUCUCUUUCGACUUGCACAACCAGCUCGAGGGCUCGCUACAAGACCGGCUCCCCCGUAUCAUUCCGGUCCUGGACAUUAACGCCACCGAGCCUUGGAACCUCCCAGAACUUUCCGGAGAGCUGUGCCGAGAAGACAAAGAGCAGUGGUUCUUUUUUGCGCCGAUGCAGGAGAGAGAAGCCAGAGGAGGGAGAGCGAGCAGAAGCACGGCAGUGGGUUACUGGAAGGCCACCGGAUCGCCUUGUCAUGUCUACUCAUCUGAAAACAAAAUGAUUGGGAUGAAGAAGUCUAUGGUCUUCUACGUGGGAAAAGCUCCAACAGGAAGAAAAACCAAAUGGAGAUUGAAUGAGUAUAGAGCCAUGGCAAUAAUCUCACCUCCCAAUUCCAAUUCUUCAAGUUCUAGUAUGCCCACGUUUAGGUUGAGACACGAAUUCACCUUGUGCCGACUGUACAUUGUAUCCGAGAGCUCCCAGCCAUUUAAUCGACGGCCACUGGGGUUGGUUGCUAGAGAGACGAUACACGGCGGAGAAGGCGGAGGCAGUGGUGGAUCAGAGUCCUCAUCGGCGAUAGAAAAUAAUGCUGGAAUUUCCAGUGAGGUUGGGACGACUAGCAUGGAGACAGAAGAACCUAUAUGGGAUUGGGAACAACUCAAUUAGUUUUAGCACAGUCCUUUGAAAAAUAAUUUCCUUUGGAUGUGUUGCCAUCUUUGACUGAAAGUUGUUUGUCGAUCGAUAGUUUUUUCCUUAUAGUUUCCAUUAGGUGCUGAAAGAUCCAGUU